GCACGUCUCACUACGAAGGUACAUUUAAACAGAAGUGUGUGGAGACUAGAGACAGACGAGAGAGGAGGAAGAGACCCACACGCACACUUUUACGCACAACAACAACAACAACAACAACAACAAACGCCAUCUGAUAUCAAGGAUAUAUUUAGCCACAUUUUGGAGCAUUUGGCCGAGAGAUUUUGGAGAUGUCCAACGUCCAGUUAUCGUGCAGCGCGCUGGAGAGGCUGGUGGCCAGGAGGACCUUCCCUCUCCACAGGCGCACCAGCGUCUGCCGCAACCUCUUCGGACCGGUGGAUCACGAAGAGCUGAGCCGGGACAUGAAAACCAAGAUGCGGGAGAUUUCCGAGCGGGACCAGCAGAGAUGGAACUUUAAUUUCGAGACCAACACCCCGCUGGAUGGGGAUUACGAAUGGGAGGAGGUCCCCGUGGAGAAGACGCCGGUGUUGUAUCAGGACUCUGUACAGGACGGCAGGACCAGUGUGCCCGCGACGCCCGUCAAGCAGACGCCCUGCCCGGCCUCUGCCCUCCCGGAGACCCCUCGCAUGGAUGUACAGGAGCGCCUGGCCCUGCCCGAGAGCAGCAGCACUCCCUCCCCGGUGGAGGUCAACCAGGAGAACCGCACAGACAAACUCAACUCAGGGAAGCACGCUCACAGACAGGUCCCGUGUGUUAAACGCAGGAGGGCGGCCUCCACCGACAACAACACAGUCAUCACAGACUUCUUCGUGAAACGAAAGAGGGCUGCUGAUAGAAAAUCUCUUGACGUGAGCGCCUGCCACCAAUCCAAGUCUCCAAUCCCCGUGGAGCUAACUCCAAGGAAGAGGAUCCGUUGAAGGUGUUUCUGUUUCUUCUUUUUGUUUGCACUAUUUGCCUGCGCAAUUUUUUUGGAGGAACAAGGGGGGUGGGGGGAGCGGAGGAAGAGGAGGACGUCGUCUCUCCCUCCCCACCCCCACCACCCCCUUCGAUUUCAUCGCCGGAGAAGAGGAGGAAAACAAGGGGCACGGUGCGGGAGAAAGGAGACCCGACCGACCGACCGAGCGACCGGCUGCUUCGGCUCGGUGGAGCGCAGCCCCGGACUCCGGACCAGACUCUCAGGACUGAAACGGUUUGGGGGAGGGGGGGAGGAAGGGAGGUGGAAAGAGAGGAAAUGUCGCCGAAUGACUUCUAUCCAGUACAAAUGUAGCAUCCAUUGUUGCUUUUGCAUACAGCCACUCGACAGUGUUAAAUGUUUUAACAUCUGUGCAAUCCUAAUUUACUUUAAGAUAAUUGUCUACACUGGCCAAAAGUGUACAGCUUUAUAGAGACAGUAGCUUAUAAAUGUUUAUUUUCUGUUCCGUUUUUUUUUCUUUUUUUUUUCUCGUAAAUGUAUAUUUUUAAGACUAUUCUAACUUAUAAUUUAUUUAUGUUUCUUUGUACUUGUUAAAUGCCUUGUUUGAUUUAGCCAAAGGGCAUGUUUUUAUUUUAUUUUUAUCUUAUUUUAUUAUUUCCCCCUUUUUUGUGUCAUUGUGAUGUUUUGCAAUCAUGUAGCUAGUGCACACUUGGAGAAGAAAAAAAAUGGUUCCUUUGUGUUUCUGAGCCGUAUUUUUUUUUUUUAUGUGUGUGUGUGUGUGUUUUCAUACAAGUGCCCUAAUUAUGUCUUGCAAAAGAUGAGAAUAAAAACCAUAUUUUUCACCUCGACUUUA